GAAGGGCAGGAUGCACCUGGGGGAGGACAUGGGGGACUGUUGGUGGUCAGAGCGUGCGCUGACGGAGCUGCUGGGGGAGCACCCCGGGGAGCUGGUGCGCACUGGCAGCCCCAACUUCGUGUGCACCAUCCUGCCGCCGCACUGGCGCUCCAACAAGACGCUGCCCGUCGCCUUCAAGGUGAUCGCGCUCGGCGAAAUAGGCGACGGCACCGUCGUCACCGUGCGCGCCGGCAACGACGAGAACUUUUGUGCGGAGCUGCGCAACAACUCGGCCGUCAUGAAGAACCAGAUCGCUAAAUUCAACGACCUUCGCUUCGUCGGCCGAUCCGGAAGAGGCAAGAGCUUCAACCUGACCAUCACCGUGAGCACCUCCCCGCCGCAGGUCACGACAUACUGCAAGGCCAUCAAAGUGACCGUGGAUGGCCCCAGAGAACCCAGAUCCAAGGCCCUGACCUGGGAAGGCUACCCUGGGGGAGCUUAUCAAGGCCAGCAGCAGUUCCGAGCGUUCGCCUUGGGCCAGCGACCCUUCCUCGACACCCGCUUCAGCGACCACCUUCGGGAACUCGAACUGAGACGAAAGAGCGACUCCAUACCUCCCAGCAUAGCCUUCAAGGUGCCUCCCACGGGACCCUCCACGCAAGAUGCCACCUCGUCCAUGAGCCUGGGCAGCACAGACACCCAUUGGUCAAGCUACGGCGGCUCACACUACUCAUCCUAUAUCCCAAGUGGCCUGACUGGAGGCAACUCGUCGACGCUGCAGAGCGGCUUCUCGUCGCCACAGACUCUGGGCUACACCAGCGACAUAUCCCAGCAGGUGCCGCUUGACUCGGGGUCGUCUCACCUUUCCUCAGGUGUCGUGGAGAACUCGCCCAGCUCGGGGGGCGACUACGAAGGUCUGGGCUCCCUGCAGGCCCCGCACUCCCCGCCGCGCCACGACUACAUGCUGACGCGCUACUCCUCGCCCGACCUGCGCCACGCCCCGCAGCCCGCGCCCGGCGACCCGCGCCAGGACAUCACCUGCGCCCCCUACACGCCGCCGGCCACCACCACCAACACCGCCGCCACGCCCUCUGCCGUGGGCGGCCUGCUCGCCGGGGCCUCCUCGUCCACGGGCGGCGCGGGCGGUGGGGUGAUCGCUGCUGCUGCCGCGGCGGCGGGGACGGUGGGCGGCGGGGCCGGGAGCUACCCGGGGUACCUGGGGGGCGGCUACUACACGGCCACCACCACGGCCCAGGGCUACCUGUCCCCUAGCGUGUCCCUGCUGUACCCGCACCUGUACCCCCAGCAGGGCCAGCUCUCCCUGCUGGACCCGCGCCAGCCCACGCCCGAGCAGUACCCCGCCGCCGCCAACACGGGCGGCCAGCGGGACUACGGCCGCCACGACGGCUUCCGCGACAUGUCCAGCGCCGGCACCAGCACGCCGGCGCCGCACCAGGGCAUGAUGGCCACCCACAUGGCGCCCGACGACAACCUGCACGCCAUCCACGCCCACGACAGAUACAUGAGCAACGGCACCCGCGCGGGCGGCCCUUCGCCCAACGACCCGUCGGUGUGGCGGCCGUACUAGCGCGGCGUGCGGCAGGGCCCCUGCCAGGCACUGCAGAGCGUUGGGGAAGGAAUGACUGUCGCGAUGACUUGGCUAAUUUAUUGAUGUUGGUAAAGGAUUGACCCGAAGUACUUCGAUUGACCUCCUGCCAUAUGAUGAUGGUCGGCAUGUUUGGUGUGUGUGUGUGUGUGUGUGUGUGUGUGUGUGUGUGUGUGUGUGUUGGAUUUCUUUACAAUGUAAAGUACAAGAGGUGGUGGGUGGCUUCUGCCCCCGCACGCUGUCUCCGCCACUGGGAGGCGAGGCCCUGCUCGGGACUGUCCCGUCCCGUGAGAAGUUCUCCGCGGCACGGCCUCCAGACCUGGCGCAGCACCUUCCUGCCGAGUCCAGGGGAGUAGUAGACAAUUUUAGUUGGAAACCUGCCUUCCCGGCGAGUACUUCGGGCCUCCCCCGCAGCCCCGUGGCCGCCCCGACCCUGGCGGCGAGGCACACUGGGUGGGGCGGGGGCCGCGGGGCGAGGCGGCGCGUGGGGUCUUGGGAGUAUACUGGAUAUUAGAUAUUCAGAUUUUACUCUCGGACCGUGGUGACGCACGUCCAGUGUGUGCCUGAAGCAGAAGCAGCCCCUGUGGAGGCAGCAAGGCACUCCAGUGUGUGUGUGUGUGUGUGUGUGUGUGUGUGUGUGUGUGUGUGUGUCGUGAAGCUGUCGGCACACUCCGCAGCAGUACAAGUUCCCUCCGGUGUCAGCAGGCGAGGCCGCCGUCACUGCUCAACCUGUCCCCGGACGCGGCCGCGGCGCCGGCCUGCGUGGCGGCGCCGCGGCUGUGAGGGCCCCGCCGGAGAGUGACGGGGCCGCCGUAAUCUCAUUGUGGACUGUAUAAAAUAAUCCUCGCUCAAGGUCAUCCAGCUUCAUAAGAGUUCAUGACUGUUUAGAUAUUUUGUUAUAUACAUUUGAUCGUUCCUAUAGACUGUAGGGAAGCACCGCCCGGUGUGUGGCGCGGAGCAGAGGCUGCGAGCUGCCUGCAUCACCCCGCGCCCGGCCACGCGGGGGGAGGGCGCCGCCCCACGCCCCCAGCUCGCCCCGCCAAGGACGCCGCGCCCUCCCGCCCCGACACUCGGCGCCGCUCAAACAGAGGUUCCUGCACACACGGGGUAACCUUGCCGCGAUCUCAGCAAUACCUCAGUGGCCGGGCGCCGCGAAUCUCCUGACGCAGACACCAGCAGCAGCAGCAGCAGCAGCAGCAGCAGCCCGCCGGGCCGCGUGUAGUGUCUGCAUCACGAGUCAGUGUGUCGUGCAAACAUCUCCGCCAGGGGCAGCACCGCCGCCCCGUCUGUGUACAUAGCUCAGCCGCCGUGUACUGUGCCGCUAGCUGUAGGCCCUCAAGUUCUUAAUAAAGCUACAUUUUAUACA